UUUAGGUUUGUUCCAACAUGAACUUUUGGACGGUCCAGAAACCGUCACGAAACUACUUGUACCGUUUGUUGUGCGCAUGUUCGUAAUUGUAUCGCCCAGUUAUCGUCCCAUGACGGUAAUCAUAUAUUUGUCAUUUUUAUUGGUGACAGCUUGUGUGCUUUUAGUCUACCAAAGGCUCAAAAACUUUAAAGAAUUAAGUCCUAGUGCGCAAGUCAGUCCAACCAGCACAUUAUGCAUUUGCCCGAUUACUGAAAUGAUCAUCACGAAACCGUCACCGAAAGAUCACAAUUCUUGUUGGAACAGUGGGAAGGACGAUCCGAUGACGAUCAUAUUUUUGUUGGAACGGAUUUUGUUUACUGCGUAGGAGCAUUACCGUUUCGUGACGGUUCUCGGUCGUGUUGGAACAAACCUUUUACUGCGCAGGAUCGUUACCGUUUCCUGACGGUUCUCGGUCGUGUUGGAACAAACCUGGUGUUAGCGAUUGUACACAGAAUCCCACCCCUGAAUCUUAUUUUCGGUAAUGACAUUGGGAAAUUGUAACAAAAUGUCUAAAAAUUAAUUUAGAAAUGGGGUAAAUACUAUUAAAAAGCAAAUUUUAUUUUAGUCAUAAGAAAAUGUUGAAAUAUACCAAAAAUCUACUAAAAAAUAUUGCCUACUAGAAUUUUUUAAAAAAUAUCAAAAAUCUACCAAAAAAGUAGAAAUCUACUAAAUGUGGCAACGUUGCACUAACAGCUGUGGCGAAAACCGUCAAAUCCCCUCUCCUCUACCCAUGGCGCGCCAUUUAAAUUUAUCAGAUAAAUGCACAAAACUGCCACUAACAGCGCUGGAGAAAGCUGUCAAAUCCCCUCUACCCAUCGGCUCAUGGCCAAUUUUUAAUUUCGUAUAAUCUGUGCUUACUGGCGGCGGUUGUAUUUUAACCUUAUUUUUAGGAAGUGGAUUCUAUUAUUUUGAAAUUAAUGAAAACCUGUUAAAAUGGAGGAUGUACUACUUCCAAAUAAAACCGAAGACCUCUGGAACCCCUACAAAGAACUUAAAAACAUUGUGUGGAAUUUCUUGAACGAAACAUCUGAUGAAUUAAAUGUAGGCGAAUUUGAAAGUAUUCUAAGGAGGCACAAACAAAACUUCUUUCUACUGCUCCAGAAUCCGCCUAAAAAUGCCAAAGCUAGGGAAGAACUUAAGAAGGGUAUGGUAGAUGGAAUAAAUGUAAGAGGCAUUGGCCAUCAAGUAAUAUCUAACGAACUCUACCAAGAAGCCAUAAUUCUGUCUGAUAUGUUUUUACUUAACGAAUUAGUGGCCUUGGAUUUGCUGUGCACAGCCCAGAUGCAGAUGCCAUAUUAUCCAGGUCUACCCAGAGGCUUAGUUGCAGUUCUUUUGUAUUACGAUGGUAGAAAGGCACUAGUUACAACACUUUUGUACUUGGUACAGGCUAGAAACGGAGUGCAAUGGAAUGUCACUUGCAAUCCUGAUCUUGCAAGGUAUAUUACACUGUACACAGAUGAGUUGAUGGAGGGUGGCCUGUUUACCAGAAUCUUUGAAUUACUCCGGACCCUCGAUCUCACCAAAGAAAUAGAACUCCUUCAAGCAAAUCUAGCCCUAGGAGGACCAAAACACCGCCGCCAAGUUGUGGAUAUGUUCAAUGACAUCAGACAGGUUUUAUCUGAUAUAGUUUUCACAUGGUCGGCCCAGUGUGGGCUGCCCAAAGAUGCCACAGUAUCACUGAUCAAUUAUCUAAGAGAAACUAAACUAGAGGAUGAAGCUUCUGGUAAAAUCAAUGAUGUAAAUUUGUAUCUCGAAAUGGCUUUCUUAGCUGCGUUGGAUUUAAGUGUAUUGCAUACUAGAGAAGAUGGGGAAAAAGCUGUUCAGUCACUGCCAAUAUUUGAGGACCCAACAUAUGUUCAGACAAUCGUUAAUGAGUUUACUCUAUCGAAGUCCAAAUGGUUAAGUGAAGGGUUACAAGCUUUGUCAACAUUUGGCGUAGCAGUGUGCAUCAGUGCCUUAAGGGAUACCCCACAAAGUUUCCGUUUCCAAGAAGCUAUUCUUAAAGAAGAGACUCUGGUAGAUUUAGCUAUAGAGAUGAACGUUUUCGAUUUCCUGCUCAACAUCUUUUUGGAAAACAAAAGUUUGUACAAGGAACACUUUUUGUACAAAAGGAUGCACAACUUGAUUACAGAUUUCAUAUUUUUUAUGUAUCCUAAAAUAAAAGAUUUAAGAAUGAGAGCCGAUGAAAUUGCUAGGACGAUGCAGGUGUAUAUUCGAGAAGGUUUGGAAGUCCCCUCCAACCUCCCGAGAUAUUUUGAAAUGAUGUUGUUGGCUAUUGGAAAGUUUUAUAGGAACGAUGAGUUGAAAACUGGAUUUGUGGCAGAUUUUUGGAGCCCUCUAGAGAUGAAUUCCAUCCAAAUGACCUCAGAGAGAUCUGUAUCAAGAUCAAUGUGUCUGUUUAAAUUCAUCAAGCUAGCAGGUGACAUUUUGCCUUCUACAUUAUUUGUUCCUUACAUAAUGAUGUUGAGUGGAUUGGCUUCUUCACAAAACACAGCAAGGCAUUGCUUCAAUAUGCUGAAGCAAGUUGGGUCACACGUUUCAACCAACUUAUCCUGGGACCACUUCUUCAUGUCGUUUUCUCAAUAUUAUAGCAACUUGAGACAGGAAGCUCCUCUGCAAGCUGAUACUGUGUAUAUGAGUAGAGCAACUUUCCACAAGGGAGUGUCACCGCAAGAACUUGAAGGCCUCCACGCAGUUCUCGAACUCAUCCGCGCCGUAGCCGAACAUGACGAAUUCUCUCGCCUGGCCCUUUGCGAACAUCCCGGCUGGUCUCCGCUAACGGUUCUUCUGGGCCUUGUCACUUGUUCCGUACCGAUCCCGCUCAAAGCGGAUCUUCUCCUAACGCUGACUGCGUUGGCGAAAAGUUCGGAGAAUGCGACGCAAACUUGGGAGAAUCUGGAAGCGUCGCAGAUUCUAGUCACUAUUCCGACGACGUCGAGUUAUGUUCCUAGAGGUAUACAAACAGAGCUAGAAGAAAUAGAGUCCCGUAUGGAGGAGUAUCCUUUGACGAGAGCGAUGCUCAAACUAAUCGACGAACUAACAAAUUUCGGCAUCCCAAGAAUGCUCGGCGCUGGUCCCAGAAACCCUGGAUUCGAUCCCUAUCUUUCGUUCAUAAUUAACUCAGUGUUUAACAAACACUACUCACGAUCGUACCGCAAUCCGACUGAGAAGUGGGAAGUUGCUUUGCUUUGCUUGAAACUCUUCGAGAAGUUCUUAAACCACUACGAUCCAAAAGCCUCAGAUUUUCCCGGAAAUACACAAAGCGAAUCAUCUUCUCCCGGUUAUCACUUAAUGCUCCAACUGAACAGCAAAUCUGAGCUGUUUUACAUCAUUAUGAACGUUUUUGAUGAAAGCAAUCGGUUCUUUGAGGCAUAUGCUCCUUUUCCGGGGGAAGAAACUAUUAAAACCUGCGUUUUAUCUUCCCUGAAUAUUAUCCACAGGGUGCUGGUGUUGCAGAACAAAUUUUUCAACCUUCUGACAUCGUCCGCAGCCUCUAUGGUACUGACAAGUAUAAAUAAGCUGUUGAUGUCUAUAAAUCGUCGUACGGGCAAGCCGGACCAUUGCAUCAAUUUGGCUAAAUUGGUCGCCUACCAGAUACACAUGCCCGAACAUUCUUAUCUGACCAUAAAAAUAUUAAACCAUAUAACUAGCUCGUGUGUUAUACACAACCAACUGAUGAGUGUGCUGCUUACCUCAGAAGACGACAUCGACUUUAUUAGAAAUGGUUUUGUCGAGUGCUUAGAUAAUUGUUGCGACGAAAACAAAGAAAUCAUAGAAAAUACCAAAAGGGAAAUAAUCAAAUUGAUGAAACAAACGUUGUCGUACAAUGCACCGAAUUUCACUCACUUUUUACUCGGCUUCGACAUGAAGAAAGACGUUUCUAAGACUGAAUUCCAGUUCCCGGGCGUUUUGGGAUUCCCCCGAACAUCAUUCCAUUCGAUUCUGUCGAUGAUGGACACGGCGGUUAAUAAAAGCUUCGAAAAACCUUCACCGACGCUUCUAGAAUCUGUGUAUCAUUUGCUGUAUCUGCUUUCCUGCAAUACGAAGACAUCGGGACCGGUACUGAGGUUUAUAAGGCAGAAUAGGAGUUUUUAUCAAGAGCAGCUGGGUGAAGCUGCUAAGAAUAUAGGAGAAGGACUAGCUGAAUACGGCCAACUUACGUGGUUGAUGAAAGUACUGGCAGUAGAACUGAAGAUACUAAGUCAGUUAAAACAAGUAACUUAUCUGAAGCAGUUGAAAGUGUUUCUGAUCAACUUACCUACCGAAGAAAGCAGACAGAAAGACACGUUGAUGGGAGUUUCCAAGAUGGCGUUAAAUCUUUCAGCGUUGCAUGCCGAAGUAGGGAAAUCCGAUAACUUUUUAACAAGGUUAAUACCGUAUUUCGAACUAGAUUUGCCUGUAGUGGAGAUGCCGAAUUGGGAGUACUUCGACAAUAACGUUUUGUCGCAAAUUCUACAAAGUUGCCAACAAAAAUCCUCAAAACUGAUAGAUUUACGAAAAUUACACAUUAUAUUAUACGAAGAGCUAAAGACGUUACAAGGCACUGCAGUGAUGGGUCAGAUCCAGGCGAUAACUCACGAAAUACAAAAAGUCUUGAAAUACGCGUUGGAAUUGAACAAAAGAAACGAGGCUUGUGCUAUUAUGGUCCAAUUCGCAGACGCCUGGAGGCAAGUCACCGAAGUCCUAGUGUUAUAUACGCCAAUGGAGAUAUUAUCGGUGCAAGAGCAACAAAUCGUCAGUCUCGCCUUACUCAAACCUCUAUUGAAGGACAUAUCUAAGUCCGAACUACUUCCAGAAGUAGCGAGGUUACUAUCUGGAGCAGUUCUGAUGUUGAUGUACAACAUUAAGAGAUCCUACGUGCGGGAAAAGAGACUGGAAAAGAUCUCAGAACUGGGAGAAGACUCCCCAUUUCAAAUCUUAAAGGUCCACCAACCGUUGUUGAAGGAAAUUUUAGAUAAUCUUACGAAGUGGCUCAUGGUUUCAGACGUAGUUAACGGAGAACUGCGGGUGAAUUUGUAUGCCUCUUUGGUUUCAUUCUUACAAUUGACCGAUAAAGAUAUACCUCAAGAGGAACUGACGUUCAAUAACAGCUUGUUUGUGAGUCGUUUAGACAGUUCCAAACUGGAUCCAUCAGAAGAAACCACGUCUUUGGAGUUCUCGUCUGAAGUGUUUAAUAAGUUCGGCGAUAAACUGAUAGAAAUAAUUUGCCAGGACUGCGUUGGGGGCCAAGAAGUUUGUAAAAUUCUGUCAAUGUCUGCUUUUACUCAUUUAAUGAUUCUCUCGGGCAGCAUAGACUGGAUGAUGCACCUAUCUGGACGAGGCUACUUGAAACACAUCAUACAAAGUAUAGAAAGCAGCAAUAACGAACUAAGAAAUAUGGUAGAAUCACAAACAGAGUCGAUCAAACCGUUGUACCUUUAUACAGCGAAAAUGCUGUUGUUGACUAGAUUAGCAGGCACACAAAUCGGCAGUGAAUUAUUACUAGAACAAAAAAUAUUCACGGUCUUCAGUAACAUGAAUGUUUUUACGUAUCAUCCAGAGAUUUCCAAAUUCUGGCAGUCGGAUGAUGUAUUGGAAGACUUUUUGCCACCGUUGGAGCAAAAAUAUCUGCAAUUGUGGCUACCCACGUUACAUAUUUGCAAUGCUGUGUUGACUACACUCGGUACUGAGAACCAGACUGCCGUUUCUCAAAUAAUGUUCUUCUUGUUGAGCCAUCUCGAUGUGGUGGAGUUGAUUUUGAGAUCAGGAUGUGUGGAAAUUGCCCCGACAUCGCUUAAAGAACUCGCUCUACUUACCUCGAUAUUUUCCAGAACUGCUAGCAAUAAUUUAAUAAACGUUCUAGAAAGCCCCAACGUGGUACAAAAUAAUCGAGCUCAGUUACACAGAAUCCAAAAGCUGAUGUUAUCUCUGCUACCAAAGUUCAUCCUGUCAGAUGAAAACGUGAGGAAAUUAACCAGUUAUUCGUCGUUGGAGUCGAUUACAUUCCAGACUUCCGAUAGGCUUCUGUUCGCCAUGCAAAUCGUCUCGAAUCUUCUUUCCUACGCGAGGCAUUUGAUUGCAAAUAAUGAUGUAAAUCGUGCAGGGAUCAGUGUACUAUUUUACCCAACGUUAAGCGAUCCUCUACUAUUAGGUUACAGUAAACUAUCUGGUAAUAACGAACAAGAUCCAUCUUUAGGCAUUGUCGUUCAGGAGCUCAUAAGUGUGGUGAACCUUCACCACCAAGAAAGAGUAGCUCACGAGCUCUUAGUCAGAGAACUGAAGGAUAUUCCAAACAAAAAUUCUACGGAACUUAAAGAAUACCUUAACGAAUCCUUGGAUUUGGUAGAUGUUUUGAGCAUGAGGGAAAAAGCUUACGACUUAGUUUCUGAGCGGUUAGAAAAGAAGAAGAAGGAGAUUAACUAUUGUGCUUAUAUCAUAGACAAUUGUUUAUACCUUAUUUGGAUUCACCUUGAUUUUUACAUGCUGAAAGCCAUUCCGAGGACCAAGAACUUUGAAGCUUCUUUAUCGAAUACAUCUUUAAGACAAGACACUACUCUUGCAUCGGCGUCCGAGGCUACUUGGAAAGUAUCUACGGAUGUCAUUAGCAGUUUAAAACAAGGUUUGGUGUCAUUAUUUAAUGAUAGCUUUACGAAACAGCUGUUGGAUACCGCACAAGACCGCACUGAAUCUGAUAGGGGCCUAGUUGAAGCGCUGUUGCGCAAAAUCAAGAGACUUGUGCAGUUUGUACCAGUGAAAUAAUUAUGUAAUGUGUAUUUAGAAUUAAUGUUAUUUUUUAUAAUAAAGAAUUUUAUAAGAACAA